AGUGUUGCAGUCCGGGCAGAUUAAGGCAGCACGUCGCGGUGAUGGCGACGUAGUGCUGUUUCUAAUCUCUGCGGCCGAAGCCGGCCUUUCCUGUGAGAGGGGACCGUUCUCGGUCUUGACGAAGUGCGGUGUCGCUUGCUCUGAGCGGACAGCCCACGAUGUGGAAGCAGCUCGGGCGUCCUUUAUUAGCUCUGCCGGGGGCUCCAGCAGGUUGCAAUGGAACCAAAAUUUUCACUGCUGGCUUGAAGAAGUUGGUGCUCCCCCCAGAUUAUAGUGGCAUCACUAUCCCUGAAAAGCCAAAACUGAAGUUCGUUGAAAGAGCUCCAAAUUUGCCCAAGGUCAGGCGACAGUUCAAGAACUUAAGUGAUAUCCGUGGUCCAUCCAUUGAAGCGACAGAAUUCACUGAAGGACAGUAUGGCAUCUUGGCUCUGGGUGGUGGCUACCUCCAUUGGGGUCACUUUGAAAUGAUGCGCUUGACCAUCAACCGGCACCUGAAGCCCAGGAUCAUGUUUGCUGUGUGGAGAGUCCCUGCUCCUUACAAACCCAUCACUCGCAAAGGGCUAGGGCAGCGCAUGGGUGGUGGCAAGGGUGCAAUUGACCACUAUGUAUCUGCAGUAAAGGCUGGCCGUCUCAUAGUGGAAGUGGGUGGGCACUGUGAAUUUGGCGAAGUGAAGCGGUUUCUAAAUCAGGUGGCCAAGAAGCUGCCUUUUCCAGCCCAAGCAGUCAGCAAGCAAACCAUGCAAGAGAUGCGGGACAAGGAAGAGGAGAGGAGGCGUAACAACCAGAAUCCAUGGACAUUUGAACGCAUUGUCACUGCCGACAUGCUGGGGAUAAGGAAAUACGUCAGCCCCUAUGAUAUGCGCCUGAAGGGCCGGUAUUGGGGGAAGUUCUUUCUACCUGACAGAAUAUAAACAUGUGGAGCUAGGGAGGGCUCUACUGUAGUGCAGCCUUAAUCUGUUGCUUGACUUACCUUUGGGGACAAUGUACUGUGGACUCUCCCUUGAACAUCAAAUGGCUGGGUAGCUGGACCAUGGAGCUCUAUGCUUGUAAGUCAGGGAAAUGGGGAAGGUGAGGAAGUAGUUGUAAUCACAGUUUUGAAUAAAUCUGGCCUUUUAAUAAGAA